AUGGGCUCCUUGCCUGGCGUCGUCUGCGAGUUCUGCAACAGAUGGUUCCCCAACGCCCAAGUUUAUGGCGGUCAUAAGUCACGGCGGACCCCUUGUCAAGGCCUUUCCGCCGUGGCAAGGCCCUCGCGAUCUGCACCGUCAGCCGGUCUACACGCACUGCUAUUCGUCCACGACAUUCUGUCGGACGCUCCCGCUGCUCCCGCUUCCCCUACCGCGUCUAACGCGUCCAACACCGACGGUGCGAAUGGUCCUCAUCGCGUCCCGGUAGCUGACGAGGACGCAACACCCUCGGCUGUGAACGUGGGGGCUCCUGAAACUGAGCAUCAACCGUCACCAGAAACACCUGCAGAUGACACGAGUGAGCAUCAGGGGUGCCGCCCUGGAGUGAGUCACGCGGCACCGCCGACAAUCAUUUCCGGGGAGAGCAAUGCGACGCCCCUCAGUCCGAUUGCGUUGGAACUGCUGCAUUUCGUGAGGCGCGUAAAUGGCGGAAUGGGCAUGGCGGAGAUCGACAUCAAUGGCCUGCUUCAGCUCGUGGUGGAGCCCGGCCUUGCGCCUCUUGUGAUCUCAGAGAUCCGGAACUGCAAGGAUCUGGAGCGGUUCGAGAUGGAGCGCUUGGUAGGGCUCAAUCGCGGAUGGUCAGUGGCGACCUUCGAGAUUGAGGGUCAUCCGCCACAGCGCCUCCUCUUCCAGAACUCCGCGCAGGCGUUUGCUGAACUGUUUGGGCACACCAACAACGCACCCGGCUUCAAGCUCAAGGCUCGUGUUGAUGAGGACCCUGACACAGGCGAGCGUCGCUAUACCACGCCAGAAACAGGAACGUGGUGGAACGAUGCUCAGGUAUGUAACUACCCCGCUGCCACCCAAAACCACACGCGUGCGCAUGCGUCCGUUGAUGCGCUGAUGUAUAUGACGCACAUGAGCAACAACGGCCGGAAGAAGGCGUGGCCGCUCAUGAUGACGCUUGCCAACAUCUCCCAGGCCAAGCGAUGGGGGAAAGCCGGGCACACGCUACUUGCUCUCCUUCCUAUCCCCCCUUCUGCAAUGACUGCCGUCGAGAAGGUGAUGCUCUUCCAGCGAUGCGUCAUCACCGUGCUGCAGCCGCUUCUUGAUGGCAUGGACAGAGUCGUCCUGGCUGUUGCUGUUCCCACUCUACCCUUUCCUCGCAGCGGCCUCCGUCUCAAGGACCCUUUCGGCGAUUGGCAAACAGUGCGGCCACUGCUGUACGCCUGGGUGUGCGACUACCCCGAGAGCGGCAAGAUCAGUUGCACACUCUCGCAUAGAUCGUGGAUGCCGUGCAGCAUCUGCUAUGCUGCAAAGGAGCAUUUGGUUGCUGUCAAGGCACGGAACACGCCGCGCACGCCUGAACAGCAGCAAUGGAUCGUGAAUGAGGCGGCUGGGUUGACAUCAAGCCAGGCCGACCCAUGCAAGACCUACUCGACCUACCCGGUUGAGGGGGAGAUGUGCACUGCCAUUGCACUGCCCCACAUGUUGGCCGAGUCUCUCAUAUACCCUUCUCUACCAUUCCACACCACAACCCCUCCGCUAGUGUGUGCUGUGGAAGUGGGAUGUCCCAGGGGCAAUCCCUACCUCGUUAUCAUGCCUGACAUCAUGCACCAGGCGGACCUGGGCAUGAUGAGCCACAUUGUGGCUGUCGUGCGCAAGAUGAAGAAGCGGCGCGUGAAGCAGAUGGACAGGCGCCUGUCCCUCAUUCGCGACCGCACGCGCCUGAACCACCUGCGCCUGCCAGAGAGCGCGUACUUCGAGAGUGGAGCAUGUGUCGCGGCCUAUGAGCACAGGGCCGUCAUGCAGGUGUGCAAGCCAUGGCGCAUGUAA